AUGAUUGCGUUGGAAGUUCGUUAUGCUGAAAACCAAGCGGUGUUCGCAAGGCUGGGAAGCAAGCCAUACACGCCAGCCGUGAUUGAGGCAUGUCCGCUUGAAGGCUUCCUGCGGCGACAAUUGACUCGCAAGAAUGUGACGAGAAUCACCUACAGAAUUCGAUGGGCAGACGGGCGUGCCAGCUGGUUGGGCGAAACGCGCCUAGUCCCUCGGUCAAGGGACGACGCCCCGCCAGUGGCACGCCAAAAGCUGCGCGACUUUGUGAUGCGAUUGAAGAAGAGGCUGAAGGAUGCUCAUAAGAAGUGGAGUUCAUCACUUGCACCAUGCAGAGUGAAGUGGCGACUUGACCUUCAGACUGCAGCACUUCUGGCCAUCUGGAUGGAAUAACCAGUCAUUAUGAAGAUCUCAACACUCCAGUGAAGAACAGUAACAAGCGGCGAAGUGCUGAUGGGGAAAACAUCCAGCUCCAUAGCUGUAAUCAUUGUAACUAUAAAACUGCCCAAUUCUAUAACCUUAAAAUGCAUAAUAGGAAACGCACAGGUGAGAAACCUUUCAGUUGUGAGUUUUGUUCUGACAAGUUCACUACCUUGGGUAA